UUACUUCCCAACCCGAUAUCUCCCUCAACUUUCUUUUAUAAAGGAAGACUAUCUUGUUCUUGCUACACAAAAGUCUUAAAAAAAAAGCAAUAAAUCGAAAGAUAGUUUAAAUUCCAUCAUGUCCACUACACCAGAAACCCACCUAAUAGCAUACCCGUUCCCAUCUUCCGGUCAUGUAAUUCCACUCAUCGACCUUUCCAAAAUUCUAGUCUCUCGAAAAAUACACGUCACCGUUUUGGUAACUCCAUCAACACAACACCUAGUCCCUACAAACUAUUCCCCUCUUCUCCAAACCCUCCUUCUUCCCCAACCUCAUUUCCCAAAGCCAAACCAGAACAGACUCAUUGCCAUCCUGUCUUUCAUGCGCCAACACCAUUAUCCGAUCCUCCUCGACUGGGGUCAGACCCACCCUUCACCCCCUUCAGCUAUCAUCUCUGACUUCUUCCUUGGCUGGACUCAACUUCUCGCACAUGACCUCCACGUUCCACGUUUAGUCUUUUCUCCCUCGGGUGCCUCCGCUCUCUCCAUCUCCUUAUCCAUAUGGCGUUAUCCGCCUCAAAACCACAACCCAGAGGACCCUAAUUCCAUAAUUUCCUUCCCAAACCUACCAAAUUCUCCAGUUUACCCAUGGUGGCAAAUUUCCAACUUGUUUAGAGACAAGAAAGUGGAGUCCGAUUGGGAGAUAAUGAAAUACAAUUUUCUCUUAAAUCUCGAAGCUUGGGGUGUCGUUUUCAACUCCUUCCUUUAUUUGGAACCACCAUCCUUUGACCAUAUAAAGAAAGAACUCGGCCAUCAAAGAGUUUGGGCCGUGGGUCCAGUUUUGCCUCUUGAAUCCGGUUCGACUGAACAGGAAGAAAGAGGCGGGUCCAGCACUGUCUCCUGCCGCAAGCUCACUAAAUGGCUUGACUCGCGUCAAGAUGGUUCGGUGGUUUAUAUUUGUUUUGGAAGCCGUACAGUUCUCACGACCGUGCAAAUGGCGGUUUUAACAAGUGCUUUGGAGUUAAGUGGGGUCAAUUUCAUAUUAUCUGUAAUGGCUCCCGAUGAACGACGCGUGGCGGAAGAUUGCGGUAAAAUACCAAGUGAUUUCAUCGAACGGGUGAACGGGAGAGGGUUGGUGAUUGAAGGAUGGGCGCCGCAGUUGGUGAUACUGAGUCACCGUGCAGUGGGAUCGUUUUUGACUCACUGUGGUUGGAACUCGGUGUUAGAAGGGUUGGUUUCUGGUGUGGUGAUGUUGACGUGGCCGAUGGGUGCGGAUCAGUAUACGAAUGCGAAUCUGUUAGUGGACCAGUUAUGUGUGGCGGUUCGAGUUGCAGAAGGGAAUGAGAAGGUUCCAGAAAUAAGUGAGCUUGCGGAGAUAAUAAAAGGGUCACUGGCAAAGACGAGGGAGAGGGUGCGAAGUGAAGAGUUGAAGGAUGCUGCAUUGGGUGCCCUCGAGAUAAACGGAAGCUCGCAGAACCAGUUGGAUGAUUUAGUAAAGAAACUUAAUGAACUUAAGAAUGAGUGAUUCAUGAUUUGAGUGUGUUAGAAAAUGGUUUGAAAGUGAUAAGCAAUUCAAAGCCUCUGUAAUGGAACGGAAACUACAAAUAGAAGGAAAAGAAAUUGAUUGA